CGAGCUGAGCUCAGUAAAGCUUCAUCUAUAAUAGGAUGAGCAGCCGCUCGUGUGUGUGCGCGCGACGCUGAAUGAAACGCUCAUUGUUCGCUUUACUGUUUCUGUGAUAUUUUAGCGCAUUGAUUGAUCAGUGAUCGGAUGUGAUCAGAUGUGAUCGGAUGGAUAUAUCGAUGUGAAGAAGGUGUCAAACGAGGUUGAAGUUCAGAAGUGAUCGUGUGGGACGCGGUGAGCAGGGAAAGAUGCGUUUGGAGGUUUUGUUGCUGUAUUUCUCUCUGCUGCAGACGGCUCGAGGCGCUUUCCCAGAGGACACAGAACCAAUCACUAUUUCACAUGGCAACUAUACAAAACAAUAUCCAGCAUUCGUUGGACACAAACCAGGCAGAAACAACACACAGCGACAUAAACUGGACAUUCAGCUGAUUGUGAUUAUGAAUGGGACUCUGUAUAUCGCUGCCAGGGAUCACAUUUACACCGUGGACAUCGAGACGACUAACACAAACACAGAGAUCUUUUUCAGCAAGAAACUCACCUGGAAGUCCAGACAGGCCGACGUGGACACCUGUAGAAUGAAAGGCAAACACAAGGAUGAAUGCCACAAUUUCAUCAAAGUUGUUCUACAGCAGAACGAUGAUUCUCUGUUUGUGUGUGGAACAAACGCUUUCAACCCGUCCUGUCGAACCUACAAGAUGGACAGCUUGGAUGCCAUCGGCGAGGAAAUCAGUGGAAUGGCCCGCUGCCCGUAUGAUGCCAAACAUGCCAACGUUGCCCUGUUUGCUGAUGGGAAGUUAUAUUCGGCCACAGUCACAGAUUUUCUGGCCAUUGAUGCGGUGAUCUAUCGCAGUCUAGGAGACAGUCCCACCCUCAGAACCGUCAAACACGACUCCAAAUGGCUGAAAGAGCCGUACUUUGUUCAGGCAGUGCAGUAUCACGAGUUCAUCUAUUUCUUCUUUCGGGAGAUCGCAAUGGAAUACAACAGCAUGGGAAAGGUGGUUUUCCCGCGUGUGGCACGCGUGUGUAAGAACGACCGCGGCGGAUCUCAGCGUGUGUUGGAGAAGCAGUGGACGUCUUUCUUAAAGACUCGACUCAACUGCUCCAUCCCCGGAGAUUCGCAUUUCUACUUCAACAUCCUGCAGGCUGUCACCGACGUCAUCCACAUCAACGGACGCGACGUCGUCAUGGCGACCUUCUCCACACCAUAUAACAGUAUCCCAGGCUCAGCCGUCUGCGCUUACGACAUGAGCGACAUCGCCACGGCCUUCACAGGACGCUUCAAAGAGCAGAAAUCACCCGAGUCCACCUGGACUCCAGUUCCUGAGGAGAAAGUGCCCAGACCCAGGCCUGGCGUGUGUGCGUCUGGAGAAAGGUUCAAAGUGUCCAAUGAGUUUCCCGACGAAACGCUGAACUUUAUCAAGAUCCACCCGCUGAUGGACGAGGCCGUGCCCUCCAUCACAAACCGGCCCUGGUUUCUGAAAACGAUGGUUCGAUAUCGUCUGACUCGUAUCGCAGUGGAUAACGCCGCCGGUCCUCACCGUAACCACACCGUUGUUUUUCUGGGUUCUGAGCGAGGAAUCAUUCUGAAGUUUUUGGCUAAGAUGCGGAGCGGCUUUCUCAAUGACAGCCUGUUUCUGGAGGAGCUGAACGUCUACAACCCUGACAAGUGCAGUAUUGAUGGAGUGGAUGACAAACGCAUCAUCAGCAUGCAGAUCGACCGAAGGAGUCACUCUCUGUUCGUGGCGUUCUCCUCGUGUGUGGUCAAAGUUCCUCUUUCUCGCUGCCAACGACACGGAAAGUGUAAAAAGUCCUGUAUCGCCUCCAGGGACCCGUACUGUGGUUGGGUGUCAGACGGCGCCUGCAGAGAAAUCACAUCUGACACAAAAUCAUCUUUUGAGCAGGACGUGCAGCAGGGCAACACAGAUGGACUGGGGGACUGCCAAAAUUCCUUCGUGGCUCUUAAUGCAGGACUUCUCACCACCCCCCCGCCCGCUGCCGGCGGUCCGCUUGGUCGGGGUCGUAUGGUCAAGCCGAAGGACCCACCCCUGCCCACUGAUACGAGGGAUCCGUAUGUGUCGCAGACUGAGAACGCGGGUGUGAUCCGAGAGACGUACCAUCGGGAUCGGGACGGGAUGGUUCCUGUGACCCUUCUGGCCAUCGCCAUCAUACUCGCCUUUGUGAUGGGCACCAUCUUCUCGGGCAUUAUUGUGUACUGUGUGUGCGACCACAGGCGGCGGGACUUCAAUGUGCCCGUCCGCAAGGACAAGGACUCGGUUCAGUCCAGACGUGGUUCCAUGAACAGCGUCACCAAGCUGACGGGUCUUUUCGAGACUCAAGGCAAAGAUGGCUGUCCGGAGGCCAUUCUCACCCCGCUCAUGCACAACGGCCGUCUGGCCAACGGCAGGACGCUCAUCAAAGCCGACCAGCAUCCAGAUCUGAGCGGCCUGCCCACGCCUGAGUCCACACCCCUUCAGCCUCGCCGCAAGCCCAGCCGUGGGAGCCGUGAGUGGGAGAGAAACCAGAACUUGAUCAACUCCUGCACCAAAGACCUGGCGUCCGUGGGCUCCGCCGUCAUCCCCACCGACCUGCCACUGCGUCCGUCUCCGGGUCACAUCCCCAGCGUGGUGGUGCUGCCUCUUCCUCAACAUCAGCAGGCCUACCAGCACGAGUACGUGGAGCAUCCUCGUCGGGCGGAUCUCUCGGAUGACCCCGAAGCUACGCUGGAGUAUAAAUCGCUGAAAAGUGUGUCAGACGAUGACGACGGUGCGCCGCCGCGGGUACCCCAGCGCGAGGCGUCUCUGACCGCCGCCGUUCCUCCGGCCGUCCCGCAGAUGGGCAAGAGGAUCGACGUUUACGCCCGAGCCUACCAUGCCAGUUCGGGCCUCAAGAAACAACACAACACCAACUCGUCCAACUCCUCGCACAUGUCCAGAAAGCACAGCUUCCACGUGGAGAUGCCUCCGCCCGCUCCGCUGAGGGUGGACUCCAUGCACGUCACCUCUCCGCCGCCGGUCCUCGGGCUCUCACGUCACCUCAACCUGAGCUCGUACGGCUCUCUGCCGCGCAGGCAGCUCAAGCCCGAAGUCCCUCCCAAACCCUCGCUGGUGUCUCUUUACACCAAAAUCAAGUCGGGCGACUCAUGCACAUAAUCCGUGCCCAUCUGAACGCUGAAGUGCAUCUGUUCACACAGCUGCGUGCUGGAAAUGCAACUCUUUAUUUCCUUUUUGUUUUUUACACCUUUUUGAGUCCGUGCGCGCGGACCUCGGGCUCAAGAGUUCCCGGACAGCAAACGUGCAACAUGAUCAGCACUUAGAAACGGAGAUUCUGUCCGGAUGAGAACGUGAGGUCACAUCGCAACUGAGCGAGGCCGAACGAAACCACACGAGCCGCUUUUCCAGCACUUGGAACUGGAGCGCCUCUGGAGUUUACAACUGUGAAGAAACGUCAGUGUUAACGCUACUGGACGAAACAAUCGAGUUCUACUGUAACUGACUGUUAAUACUAAUAACAGCUUGUAUUUAUUUCUUUUUGAAUAAAGUGCUUUGGAGAAAGACAAACUGUUUUUAGGUUGAACAAGAGAAGAGUUUUCGUUUGAAUGAAAUUAUUCAAAGUUCUUUAACUGGAGCCAGUACUGUACUUCUCAGACGGAGAGAAGUGAAGCCUCUGUUCCAGAGAGGAUUGUGGGUAAAUCUCACCUAUACAGGAACAUAAAUCUCACAACAGUCAACGAGUCGCACUUAGAAAAACAACGUCUUUCAUUUUCUUUUUGUUGAUUGGUUUUGGUCUUUUUCUUCCACCUGUAAAUGUGUGCCUUACACCCGAGUAGUGAAGAGUUUGUUAGCUGUUAACUGUUCUCUAACUGUAACCGAUGAUGAUGAUAUUUGUUUUCUUUGUUUUGAUUUGAAAAAAAAGAAAAAAACUACAUUGUAAUUGAAGAAUGUUGAUGUUGUCAUUGUCAAAUUGAACCACAAAAGAUUCUGUGCUUGAUUUCUCAUUGUGCCAAUCAAACGGUGGUGUGUUUCAGUUUUUCUUUUUUACUUUUCACCAUGAUGUUUUUACACUGUUUGGUAGAUAAAUUGAUGUUUCUCCUCUUAAUUCUGGCUGUUUUAAGGCAAUAAGAGAAUAACACACACACACACACAAGCUUUCUAAUGUAUUAUGAACGGCUGUGAAUACGGGCUGGCUCCUGUGUACACCUGCUCUCCAAUAAUAUUAGAAGACUUCAUGUUUUCAAUGUUUGUGACAGAUUGCAAUUAAUAUAAUUUUCUAACUCUAUCAUUGUAAUGUAAUAUGAGCGAUUGUUAUUUAACUACACAGGUUUUAUUAAACUUCUCACAUGCUCUAGUUUUGACUUUAGAUAGUUGAAGUGGCAUCCAUCUGAAAAUUCCAGCCGUUGUUCUUCAGACGGUUCGUCCUGAGAUCUCAUCUCAUGUCUCUGAACGGAGAUUUCUGUGCCGGUGCCUUUGGACGCCUCUAGAUUUCUGUUGGAAUUCUCUCGACGGUGUGCAGUUUGUUCUCUUGUAUGAUGUUGUUUUGUCACGAGGUUCUUCAGGACCUCUUCCAAAUCUGAUUCACAGAUAAAUGUAAAGAAAUUCUCUUUAAUAAAUGGAUCAAACAUUUCA